AUGUGUAAAAAAUAUACGUGUUUUGUUUGUAUUUGAACACACAUUUUUAAGAGUCGAAUUGGUGGGGGAAUCAAUCCAUACGUUAUACUGCGAGCAUUACCCUGUAAUAGUGAAUUUGAUACAGUAAAAUGUGCUUACGUCGCCGACACGGAGGUGCAGUUUAAAUAAAAACGGGAAGAAUCUUUUAUGAAAAUUGAUAGAGUAAAAGAUAAAAUCGACGAAUCGGUAGGGUAAGUCGAAGAUGGUGGGGUUGCCGCCACGAGAAUGACGACGGCGCCGUGGCGGCCGCUACUGCCGCCGCUUCGCGGCGAGGGAUGGAGAUCAGCGGACGACAAGCGAUGUCAGGGCUGCUGCCGCCGUCGGUUAACACGCACAGGUUCACACCCAUCCUCGACAAUACACUUUAGAGCUUCGGUGUCGCGGGAAACUGAUAGGACGAUCUUCUUCAGGAGUCAGUUCCAUAGUGUAGUGAAUCGAUGCGAAUGGCUCGUGUCUCAGAAUCUUUGGAAAUAAUCGAAUAGAACGAUAAGUGAUGUGCUUCUGGAGCUGAAUAGGGUGGCCGAAUUUGUUUCUAAUUCGCGAGAUCGUACAGUCAAACCUAAAGAACAGAAGAUACGCUAAUCAUUACAGCACGAUAAAGAUUUGCGAACGUUCAUCGGGAAUACAGGUUAAUCGUUUCACGGUGAAAUCCUCUUUUGAUCCUGCCUGAUCGAGAUGUCGCAAGUAUCCUCCGCCGAGGGAGGCAUAGAAUGAAGAUGAUGUAGACAACAAACGAGAGGCGAGAGGCAGAAUCACGUAGAAACGACGACCUGUAAAGCAACAGUGCUCUCUUGUGUAAUGAAAUUCCAUCGUAGGACGUGCAUUUGAUUGGGACCUACCGUCGACGAAAGUGAGGGGAAGUUAGCAUGAGGAUAGCCCGUGUUAGUCCGGUCUCGACUCCGAAUCGAGGCUCCUUCGCGGUUCCCGAAUGCCACCCGAACAGACCCAUGCAGUUAAGGAUGCGAGCAGUCAGGAUGACCGAAGCAAGCAAGGAGUCGCGUUCAGUGAAAGCUUUAAUCAAUAAGCUAGGACUCGAGGGAUUCUGAAUUUGUUGAUCGUUCGAGAAGCGAGUCUUCGUUGCAAGGAUGUAGGGGGACCCAUACUCGGGGCCCCAGUGAGGGUUUCCUCCAAGGACUCUUCCGAAUCGCUCGUAUUAACCAAAACUAAAACGAACGUUAAAAGAAGCUUCAUUACGAAUCCCUCGUACUCGUAUUAAAAUAUAUAAAGAGAAAUAUAUAAAAAAGAACGAUAUUAUUCCUCCUGUGAUUUUUCGAGUUUGCAGCAGACCCUACCGAAAGUAUAUUAAGUACCAACGUACUUAAUCAAGAGGAACGAUCGGAUAACGCUACGUGUUCGUUAGCAACGUUUUUUUAAGGAAUAUCCGCCGCUAGUUCUCUUGUCGUUUUAGUCAUUUAAUCGGUGUACGUAAAUAUAACAACCUUAGGUAAUUGUUAGUGAAGUUGAAAGUUCCCGGGGCGGCUCGACAAUUGCAUCGGUUCGAAUCAGCCGAGCGAAAACUGUGUCAAACCCGUCGUCGAAAAAUUUUGGCUCCAGUCUUAAAACCUGAAAAACAGAGAAAAAUAGAGAAGCAAAAAAAAAAAGGAAGAAAUAGAAUCGAAAGAGAGGAAGAAGGAAGAUAGAAUGCGUUUACGUCUAAGAAAACGUGGAUGUUGUUAGUAGUAUAUGUAGAUCGUGAUAUAUCGAUGGAUAUAUAAAAUGAGAUGCGAAGAUGCAAGAGGAAACGAAAAGAAUGGGACGCGGUAACGACGUUAAUAUCGGCGAAUCGUUUUUUCGGUGAUGAUAGGGCGGCUGCGCCUAUCAUCGACUUUAAUCAAGCAUGUCGCGUCAAGAUUCGCCUGAAGCAUCGUUUUCUCCUGGUAAUGGAGUAGACCAGUGUCUAUCGUUGAAGCCAGGAGAAAUGAUCGAUCUAGGGGGAUAUAUUAUCAUAUUGAUCAACGAGAAUGACAAGAUCAAACUGUACGGUUCUCCGGCCAACAACAGGGACACGUUGGAAGCGGUCGACGAAAUUUUAGAAGUUAACGGUAGCAGGCUGGAAAAUUCCAGUCAAUCGGAAAUCAUUCAAUACAUAUGUCAGUGCGUCAGCUCACGAACGAUAUGUCUGCGAGUGCGGAAGAAAAGAGGAAAGGACAAGGAUACGAGUGACGCGAAACAGACGCGGUUAAUCGUUUCAUUAUCGUUGGACCGCGGAUUCUUACUCAUCUACGAUACUAAUGCGUAUUACGUAGUGCCGGACGAGUUCAGCUCUGGUCUGGUGCAAGAAGCUUGGGUCAUCGCCAUCGAAAGGCGUGCGAAGGAACGAUUCAAGCGGCUCACGUCUCACUGGAGGUUCCAGCCGUGCGAUAUUCUGGACAAAGAGAUCAACGAGGCAGUCGCGUCCACGAGCGGGGACAGCGCGAGCAAAAAUGUGACGGGCAACCAAAUUACCGUGACGCUUGUCGACAAGGAACAGAUCACGAACGUCUUCACUCCUAAGCUAAGCAACGGUACCAUACCUAAGGGCAUAGUGAAAGAGACGAAAGAAGCGAAGGAAGGGAAGGACGCGGCCGAGAAACAGCAGACCUGUCCAGAAGAAACGAAGCUUUUAACACCGGUGCAAGGCGGAAGAGUCGGUGAACGACGUGCCAGCAGUCCUUUCCAAAAUGGUCAGACAGAAGUCCUGAUCGGGGAGCUGGAGGGCGGCCCAAGGUCGCCGAGGGGAUCCACGUCUUCGGCGGUGAACGACGCCAAUUUCCUCAAUACACCGGAUGAACGUGACGAUCAGAAGCCCAUUUACAGGUCUCGAAGGCGUAGCGGCAGUGGCGUGACGGACUCGCAGCAGCAACAGCAGCAGCAGCAGAAGCCGCAGGAAGGGCUGGGUCCCGAUGAGAUGUGGGCUCCUGGCGGGCUAGGGCCUCACCGGGAGCUACCAGUCGACGUACCCGACACCCUUCUACAGAAGGCCUACCCCAACAAGUGCGUUCGAACGAACGGUCAGCCGCCGAUGCUGAAGAUCGAGUUGAAGAUCGAGUCGGAGAACCUCGAGGACGAGGACGAGUGCGGCAGAGAGAAGAAGAGAGAAGCUUCGAAGGAAGCGUUGGACACGGACAAAUAUAGGAACAGGAGUCCGUCGGCGUUGAGUUCGCCGGAUUUGAAGAACUUGAAGAGGAAUCUGAAGGAUUUCGAGGAGGACGAGGAGGACGAAGGAGUGAACGAGGAUAGCAGCGGGCAGAAGGAGUCGAGCGUCGACGUGGACGUGGAAGAGGAUUAUCCAUUCGCCAAGGAGGACUAUCCGACCAUGUUGAAGACCUGCAGCGACGACUCGGCCAGCCCGAGAAGCUCCUCGGGAAGGUCGGACAGCACCGCUCCGCUGGACAGUAGCCUGGUGUUGAGACACGCGAAAAACCGUGGCAAAGAUUCGCCAACCUACGACGCUAGGAGGAUAGAUCUGGGCUCACCGUGUAGACCCGUGGUGCCGGAGAUCAAAGUAGCGCCUCUGUUCGGCCGAGCCAGGGACGCCACGUCCUUCGACAAUCCUGCCUACGGUCUGGCCGAUCUGCAGGAUCUACAGGGGCUUCUCAUGAGAUCCGACGAGGUGUCCGACCUGACCAGGCUCAUAGACGAACAAUGCGCGAUUCCGAGGAUUCCGCGCGAUCCGCAGGACAGAGUGUCGUCCCCUGGCCGUAGCAAGGAUCAACAUCAGCACCAACGUGGCAGCGAAUUGGCCAAGUCGUCGGAACCGAACGCUCCAUCCGGCAAAUCGGUGAAAUCGUCGAAACCGAGGCGUCAAGAGGACAGAGGGAAGCUGAAGGCGAAGACGAGGAGUCUGGACGUGGAGGAGCUGAUACGAGCAGGAUCGAGCGACGAUCUGUUGGGAAUCGAAUCUGGCAGCAGCCUCUCCUCGUCCUCGAGGCAGCGGCCCAAGAAGAAGAGGCACCAGCAGAUCUCCAGCGGCUACUCUACCCUGAGGAGCGACGCGUCCACCGAUCUCGAGCACGUCGAUCGUAGCUUUCUGGUGGUCGGCGGCAAAACCUACCGCGAGGUGGCCGUCGACUGUCCGCCCGAUUUCGUCCCCGUGACCAAGUGCCACCCUGUCUAUCCUCCGCCGAACAAGACGCCCGGAAGCAGCAAGCACAACACCCUCGAGCCGAAACGCGAACGUAACGGCACUAUCGGCAGGGAUAAUAACGGUGGUUUGACGGUGCACGGGGACGACGGGAGUCGCGACUCGUGCGCUACGAGCAUCGUGGCCUCGCCCUGCGUUCGCUCGAACGACCUUGGUAGCUUCGUCACGCUACCAACCGCUGGCGAUCAGAGUAUAGCUGCCACGGAGAACGUAGUUACUAGGUCGCCCCGUACGUUAGACAGAAAGCACGAGAAGAAGACCGGUUUGAACGGGGUGAAACCUGCCAUCCCCCCGAGAGAUCAAAAGAGGGCACCUGCCAGACCGCCGAAAGAUAAUCUACGUUUGUCCACGCAGAACAAUAAUGUGGAGAGCACCGAUAACGCGAAUGCCGAGCCCACGCAACAGCAACUGCAUUCCAUCAGGAAAUAUCAGGAACAGCUGCGGAAACGAAAAGAUGAAGAGGAGAGACAGGAGAUACUCAAUCGGUCGCUACGCGGCUCUACCAAGUUGCACGCGUUGGAAAGCCACGCGACCAGUCUCUCGGGUCAGGAAAAUCUCGCGUACGCCCAGGACGAGGUGACCACCACCACCGUCAGCCGCGCACCGCAUGUCACCGCGAGCGCCACGCUAGAAGUCGAGGAGCCUCCCAGGCCCCUCACGUACGGAGAGGUCGUCGCGACGCUGGAGAGGCUACAGCUUCAGUUGCGCAAUAUUUCCGGUGCCCUAGGUAUUUCGGGACCCGGCGUGGAAGCGGAACUCGAAGCGGUGCGGACGCUCCUGGUGCAAAGUCGAUUCGCAUCUGCCCUCGCCACUCAUCACGCCCUCAGAAAUCGCUUAAGAUCCAACAAAGUUCUGAAACAUCACGCUGAAGACGCUUCCAGUUUGGCUCGCGACUGUGUAGACAUACUGGAGAAAUGGCAGUCGUCGUCGACGGCAACAGGUGUCGGCGGAGCGGAAACGAUCGCCGCCGUGGAGGAGCUGACCGGAAUUUUGACGAGCUACGAUAUGGAAGCUCUUCUACUCGCUCACGACUCUAUCAUCUCUUACGUCGACGGAUUACAAAGGAAACAGAGUCCUUCGUCCUCGUCGCCGAGCGGUCCUCCGAGCCCUACCUCUAGCUGGAGAGGCUCCCGGGUCGUGGACAACAUUAAAAUUAUCAGAAUCGAGAAAACUAACGAACCUUUAGGUGCUACGGUUAGGAACGAGGGUGACGCUGUUAUAAUAGGUCGUGUUGUACGCGGAGGAGCGGCAGACAAGUCUGGACUCCUACACGAAGGCGAUGAGGUUCUGGAAGUAAAUGGCGUGGAAAUGCGUGGCAAGAGCGUGAACGAGGUGUGCGAUAUUCUAGCCGGUAUGCAGGGUAGUCUGACUUUCCUCGUGCUCCCAGCACCCACGAGUCACAGGAACAAUCUGUCAAGUAGAAGGGAAGACACAAAUCAGAUACAACACAUACGAGCCCACUUCGACUAUGAUCCCGAAGAAGAUCCUUAUAUACCGUGCCGAGAAUUGGGUGUCAGUUUCCAAAAGGGUGACGUGUUACACGUGAUCUCUCAAGAGGAUCCUAACUGGUGGCAGGCGUAUAGAGAGGGUGAAGAGGAUCAGACUUUGGCUGGUCUGGUACCUAGCAAAGCCUUCCAACACCAGCGAGAAUCCAUGAAACAGACUAUCGCCGGAGACAAAUCGACCGUACGCGGCUCUAAGAAAUCCAGUACGUUGUUGUGCGCCAGAAAGAAUCCAAAGAAGAAGAAACGAAACAAGUUCGGGGCAAACUACAAUGACGACGGGUAUCCGCAUUACGCAACGACAGCCAUCGACGAUUAUGACAGCGAGGAGGUGCUUACGUACGAGGAAGUCGCGUUGUAUUAUCCAAGGGCGAAUCACAAAAGACCGGUAGUCCUAAUAGGGCCACCAAAUAUUGGACGACACGAGCUGAGACAGAGGCUGAUGCAAGACAGCGAGCGUUUCGCAGCGGCAAUUCCUCAUACGAGUCGUACCAGGAAGGAUUCGGAAGUGGACGGCCAGGACUACCACUUUAUUUCUCGUUCUCAAUUCGAGUCCGAUAUUCUCUGUCGAAAGUUCGUCGAGCACGGCGAAUACGAGAAAGCUUACUACGGUACCUCCGUGGAAGCUAUAAGAUCCGUUGUAAAUUCCGGUAAAAUUUGUGUUCUUAAUCUCCAUCCGCAAAGCCUGAAGAUCCUUCGAAAUUCGGACUUGAAACCGUACGUGGUGUUCGUGGCGCCGCCGAGUUUGGAGAAGCUACGACAGAAGAGGAUCAAGAAUAACGAGAGCUUCAAGGAGGAGGAGUUAAAGGACAUUAUAGAGAAAGCGCGGGAAAUGGAGGACAAAUACGGUCAUCUGUUCGAUAUGAUCAUUAUAAAUACGGACACGGAUCGAGCGUACAAUCAGCUGCUGACGGAGAUCAAUUCGUUGGAACGGGAGCCUCAAUGGGUGCCUGCGUCUUGGGUUCAAUAAAUGAACGCAGGCUUUCAGGAUACCAUCGAGCCAGAUAUAUUUUCGCUGAAACGUGUAGCGAAAGGCUAGGCAAUUGAGAGAGGCGGCUUUAAAGUCUGACUGGAGAUACUUCCAAGGACUGGUUCUUUUACUGGUGCCUGUUAUACAAUUUUACGUUUCGUACACGCGCGUAAUUAAACUCCUUGCCAGGCUAUCGUACUUCAAGUACCGCUGGUUUGGUGUAGUCUUCCGUGUCGUAUAUGGUGCCAUCUGAUAUUCGAAGAUCGUCGCGUCAGCAAGCAUUUUAGAGGGCGUGGAAAAUCCCCGUCUUGUUGUGAUUUAUCGUUCCUCGAGCCUCGAGGUCUGGCGUCCACCCAGGAAACAGGCAACGAGAACAUCGAGAUCCUCGACUUUGAAUGUCGAAGAAUCCUGCGAUCGACUGGCGUGGCGCUUCUUUUUCAUCGUAACCGGCAAACACUCUAGUUUUCCUCAGCGUAAUUUGUACCGCGAGAUGCCUCGAGGGAAAAAUCGCUACUACUCCGCAUAAGAUAUUAUAUAAUAACGUUUUCCAAAGAUGCGUGAAUCUUGAAAGAGAUCGUCCUACUUCUUUCAAAAGUCACCAGAUAAUUCCCCAGGAUAACACCGAGCCGCGAAGAAAAAAAAAGCGAACCGGAACCGCGAAAAUCUUGGACGGCAGCAGCCUUUUCACUCCGCGAAAGAAUCGAAAGACUUUCACACUCGUUCGUAUCUUGCGCUGUCAGGAAUUUUCACGGCGAUCCUAUAGCAGGGAGACGCGGUCUCUACCGCAGAGUUUUUUAAGUCAAAAAGAAAUAUUUCGCAGAACUUUGCGAGUUGUUAAACGAUUAACGUAAAGACAAGAAAACAAAAAAAAAAAAAAAAAAAAAACCACGUUUCCUCGUAUUUGUAAUUUCGUGUGAACUAGUAAUUCGGAGAAGGCGGAACUCAUAAACGUUUCAUCGUUCGCCCUAGGCACUCUCUCGUGUUUGUUUAGAGAAAAGAAUCAUAACUUUUAAUCCAAGUAGACAUCGUUAAUGCGAGUAUAGACAUAGGCUCGUGUGUGAACCAGCAUAAACAAAUUUUUAAGACACUUUGAAAUGAAACAGGAACUUCUAGGGUACUCCUUUCGUUUUUCGUCCUCGAGCGAUCAUUAGACCUUUCUUCUUUUUGUUUUCUAAUCCGACAUCGAUACUCCAUGUCUCAGCCACUGUUAUAUUUACCACCCACGUGCAUCCUCUUUAUCCUCGACUAGCAAUAACGCAAGAUGUUUUUCGAGUCGAAGAUCAUCGCUGAAAAUGAAACAUGGUUUCGUGGCUCCAAAGAAAAAAAAAAAAAAAAGAAAGAAAAUAAAAUAAAAAAAAAAAACCAAAAGAGUUAAGCGAGAAGAAAUUAAUAGGAAUCGCAUCGACGAUCGAUCGUUUUUAGUUCAGAGAGGAGAGAUUUUCCGAGGGUAGUUUAAUUUCGAUGUCGUAAACCCAGCUAGCAGCGAGAAAACAAUGUUUCCAAAUGAGAGAAACGCGAAAAAAAAGAGAUACUAAUUGCUACCUUUUUAGCCCACUAUUUAAACAAAAGAAAAUUAUGUUAAGAAAUCACGCACGAUGGUCGGAGUAAUUGUGCCAAGUGAUUGGGCCGCGUGUUAAGGAGGACACGAGAACUGAAAUGUGCCAAAAUAUUUGAGUCUCUUUAGAAGAGACUGGGAGAGGGAGAGGGAGUUUUGUUCAGGAAUGACGUAUUAUUAAAAGAGAAAGAAGGAGGAAAAUGUGAGAGGCAAAGAAAUACAAAGAGAGACAGAGAAGGAAGAAAGGACUUAGGAGAAACACGCUCAACGGCACUUUCGUAUCUGUCAUUAUAUUGAUUCUGUAAAUAUUUGUGCACUUGUAUAGAAAAAAAAGAAAGAGAAGAUGAAUAAGAAGUUAUUAUCGUUAUUAUUAUUAAAUAUUAUAAUUAUAUUAAUUAUUAUUAUUAUUAUUAUUAUUAUUAUUAUUA